ACGUGUAAAGGGAAGAUUUUUUAACAUCACAAUGAUUAGUGUGCAUGCACUGACAGAGGAGAAGAGGGAAGAGGUAAAGGAUGAAUUUUAUAGUCAGUUAGAGGAAGUCCUAGGAAUAGUACCAAAACAUAAUGUUAAACUAAUACUGGGGAAUUGGAAUGCUAAGGUAGGAAGAGAAGAAGUGUAUCAAGGAGUCAUCGGAAGAAAUAGCAUUCAUGAAAAUAGUAAUGACAAUGGUAAACGAGUAGUAGACCUAGCUUCAGGACAUAAUAUGGUGGUUGCAACAACAGUGUUUCCUCAUAAAAGAAUACAUUUAGGUACAUGGAUUUCACUGGAUGGUAAUACUGUAAACCAAAUAGACCAUAUACUUAUCGAUAGAAGGCAUACUACUGAUAUUACAGAUGCAAGAUCUUACAGAGGGACAGAUUGUAGUACAGAUCACUACUUGGUGAAUAGACAAAAAAUAUCAAUCAAACCAAGAAGUGAAAGGGCAAAAGUGCUAUAAGAUAUG